CAUGCAUGCUAUGGGAUUGCCACGAGCUGCUGAAUGUCAGGAUAUGUUCAAUGCCUCAUGGUCACUGGGUCCGCUUCCUUGAGCAGCAGAACAAGGUGCUGGCAACCAAAUGGGAUCUCUUGCAGCAGCACGCUGUGCCAGCAAGAAGAGACCUUGAACCUAUUUUCGAGAAUUACAUCUGCCAACUGAAGAAACAGCUGGAAUGUUUGUUACAUGACAGGGCGAGACUGGAAGAUGAAGAAAAGGCCGUCCAGGACUUGGUCCACGAGUACAAAAGCAAAUAUGAAGGGGAAAUCAACAAACGCACGCAUGCAGAGAAUGAGUUUGUGGUGCUCAAGAAGGAUGUGGACUGUGUCUUCAUGACCAAAGAGGAGCUGGAGGCCAAGCUGUUGCAGCUGAGGCAGCACUUUGAGUUCCUGAAAUGUAUCUUUAUUGAGGAGCGAGCUCAUCUAGAUGGCCAACUCUGCGAUACCGCCAUUGUUUUGGAAAUGGACAACAACCGAGACCUGGACCUCAGUGGCAUUAUCCAGAGUGUUAAAUGCUGUUAUGAGGAAAUCGCUCAAAAGAGCAAAGGAGAAGCUGAGACGUUCUACCAAACUAGACUUGAGGAGCUGAGCACCAACAGAGGCAGAUUCUGCGAUGACCUGAAGAAUAUCCACGGUGAAAUAGCGGAGCUGAAACGGCUGAUCCACAAACUGCAGGGCGAGACUGAUAAAGUGAAGAAAGAGAUUGCCUGUCUGCAGACGGCCAUUGCUGACGCUGAGCAACGAGGCGACUGCGCCCUCAAAGACGCCAGAGAGAAGCAUAUUGAUUUGCAGAAUGCCUUGCAGAAGGCCAAGGACAAACUGGCCUGCAUGCUGCGGGACUACCACGAGCUACUCAACGUCAAGCUGGCCUUGGAUAUUGAGAUAGCUACAUACAGAACACUGCUGGAAGGAGAAGAAACCAGGAUAUGUACAGGGAACCCCACGAAUGUCGCUGUGGUCAGCGGUGGCCAUACCAUCGGGGAUUGCAGAGCCGGCUUUGGAAGUGUUUGUGGACCUCUAAAGGGAGGAUUCAGCCAUGGAAUUGGAAUGUUUGCCUCCAGUGAUGGAUUCAGCUCCAGAAGUGCAGAAGGCAUCUCCAGGAUGGGAGGUGGCUAUGGUACAAGGAGUGCCGUCAGCUCUUCAGGAAGGGGAUAUAGUUCUGGAGGACUAGGUAGUGGAGGAAUUGGGUAUGGCUUGGGAGGAUUCAGCUCUGGAAGUGGAGGAUACAGCUACAGACGUGUGCUCAGCUCUGAAUUUGCAAGCUCCGGGGGUGCUGGUGGUCACACGGGUGGAGUGAGCAGCUCCGGGAGUGCAAGCGGUGGAGGUGAUGUGGGAUACCAUUCCUCGGGCGGAGUCAGUUCUGUGGGUGGAGUUUGCAGCUCUGGAGAUGUAGCCUCCUCUGGAGAUGCAGUAGGGAGCUCUGGCAGUGCAAGUGGAGGGGUAGGCAGCUCUAGUGGUGGAGUUUAUAGCAGCGGAGGUGUAGGAAGCUCUGGUGGUGGAGUUUAUAGCAGUGGAGGUGUAGGAAGCUCUGGUGGUGGAGUUUAUAGCAGUGGAGGUGUAGGAAGCUCUGGUGGUGGAGUUUAUAGCAGUGGAGGUGUAGGAAGCUCUAGUGGUGGCGUUUAUAGCAGUGGAGGUGUAGGAAGCUCUGGUGGUGGCGUUUAUAGCAGCGGAGGUGUAGGCAGCAGUGGAAGUGGAGGAGCAUACAGCUCGGGUACGCGCAUGGUAUCAGUCAGCUCUUCAAGCAGAAGGAUCAUCCGAUAAAAGUCCAAACACAAAAGUCUCCUUUGCUGGAAUGAAAAAUAUUUCCUGCCUUCUGACAGCCACAUGAAUCACAAAAUCUGUCACUGACAAUAACCACACGUUAAAGAAAAAACCUGUGUCCAAUGCAAUUCGUAUGAUCAGAAACCACAUUCUUCUAAAUGCCCCUUUUUGAGAAGCUUUACGCGGUGCUAGUCCUAGAGGAUUAUACUAUCUUUUUCGUUCAGUGAGUCUGUGGCUGUCUAUAGGCAUUAUCUUGGCUAUUAAACAAGGCUCCUUUGCCUGAUAAUUUUGCCCUUCUCACUCUGGGUUUUCUUGCAUUAGCUACACUGGGGAUCACAAAGCAUUAGGACCCAGAAUUUUCCUCAUCCUAUGGUGAAGCAUUCAGACCGGGAAGCAUUAACCAUUCGAGAUCAGACUGCAGAUAUCACUUAGCUUCUCUUA